AUGAUGCGCGUUUCAUACUCUUGCACUGUCGCUCUCAACGCGCUUUUGUUUUCGGCAAUUGCAGUCACUGCCCAAAACUCGACCGACUGUAAAUGCAUUCCCGGUGAUGCUUGCUGGCCGGCGGCCGAGGCUUGGGCAGAGCUCAACACCACCGUGUCCGGCAAGCUUAUCGCCAACAAACCGCUGGCACACGUCUGCCACGACCCGGACUACGACGAAGCAGCCUGCACGGAGCUCAAGUCGGAAUGGGUUUGGCCACUCGUAUUCCAAGACGCGCCCACAGCCAUGAUGGACCCCGUCUGGCAAAACUGCACUCCCUACACCCCGCGCGAGCAGCCGUGCGAACUCGGCCAGGACGCCGUCUACUCCAUCAACGUGACCUCCGCCUCCGACAUGGCCGCCGGCGUCAAGUUCGCCGCCGCAAACAACAUCCGCCUCGUCGUCCGCAACACCGGGCACGACUUCCUCGGCAAAAGCACCGGCACCGGCUCCCUCAGCCUCUGGACCCACAACAUGCGCGACAUCGCCCUCAUCCGCAACUACACCGACCCCUCCACCACCUACACCGGCCCGGCCCUCAAACUCGCCGCCGGCGUCCGCGGCACCGACGCCCUCUCCGCCGCCAGCGCCAGCAACCUCGUCGCCCUCGUCGGCAACUGCCCCACCGUCGGCCUCGUCGGCGGCUGGACCCAAGGCGGCGGCCACAGCGCGCUGUCGUCCACCCACGGCAUGGGCGCCGACCAAGUCCUCGCCUGGGACGUCGUCACCGCCGCGGGCGCCCUCCUCACCGCGACCCCGACCGAGCACCCGGACCUCUACUGGGCCAUGUCCGGCGGCGGGCCCGGCGCCUACGCCGUCGCCGCCGCCGUCACCAUCCGCGUCUUCCCCGACCAGCGCGUCGGCGGCGCGGCGCUGGCCUUCGCGAGCCCCGCGGCUAACAGCAGCAGCAGCGCCGCUGAGGCCGACGCCUACUGGAACGCCGUCCGCGCCUUCCUCGCGGCGCUGCCGCAAAUCGUCGACUUGGGCGGCCACGUCGGCUUCAGCCUGUCCGCGGCCGGCUUCCGCAUCCUGCCGCUGACGCUGCCGGGGGCGGACGAGGCGGACACGCGGGCCGCGAUGGCGCCGUUCGUGGAGGAGCUGACGGCGCUGGGCGUGCCGUUUUCGUACAACGUGACGAGCUUCGCGACGUUUGAAGAGCACUACGACGCGUAUCUGGGGCCGAUCCCGCGGGGGACGAUGAACAUCAACGUGAUGAUGGGGGGGAGGCUGGUUCCGCGGGAGGUGGUGGAGCGGGAUAACGGGACGGCGGUGGCGGGGGCGUUGAGGGAGUUGAGGGGGGGCGAGGGGGCGGUGCCGGGGCUGAUUCUGGCGGGGGUGGCGAUGAGGGGGACGGAUGCGCGGAGGGCGGUGGCGCCGAAUGCGUUGUUGCCGCAGUGGAGGGGCAGUUUGGUUUCGGUGCUGGCGGCUGUGCCGUGGGAUUUUGCGGCCGCGGACGAGGUUAAUCGGGAGAGGGAGAGGGCGUUGAAUGAGGUGGUGGUGCCGAGGUUGGAGGCGUUGACGCCGGGGAGUGGGACGUAUUUGAAUGAGGCGAGUUAUCUGAAUCCGAACUGGAAGGAGGAUUAUUAUGGGGUGAAUUAUGAGAGGUUGAGGGAGGUGAAGGGGGCUUGGGAUCCGGAGGGGUUGUUUUACGGGCCGACGAUGGUGGGGAGUGAUGAGUGGGUGGAGAGGGAUGGGAGGCUUUGUAGGGUGUAG